GUUAAAGAAUGCAAACUUUGUAACCUUUUUCUUUGAUUUAUUUUCUCCAAUUUUAGGUGGAAUAUAUGUUGUCAAGUGUUGGGUGAGACAGAGAGAUAACAACUGACAUAGUAAGAAGAAUAGAUUCCCAUUAGAACCCCUAACAAAUAUGCUUAAGAUUCCCAUUCAAACCCCUAACAAAUAUGCUUAGAUCAUUUUUUUUUUCUUUCUUUUUGGAAGGAUUCAACAUUGUUUAGUGUUCUUAACUUCCAAGGCAGGAAGUACAAAUGUCAUCCUUUCGUGCUCUCAACAUUUACACUUUUUUAUACAAGGCAAUUGUUUCGUUGACCAAAAUUAAGGUGAGGACAACUACUUACAUAUAAAAAUGUAUGAAACUGGCUCCCAUGUCUAGAAUUUCUAGACAUGUCCAAAAGAUUUGGUCAUAAACAGAACAUUGUAAAGUCAGAACAACCUCAAAAUUUAACUAAAGUCUUCCUCAUAUGUAGACAAAAAAGAUGAUGAAAACGAGCUUCCCACUAAAGAGGAAAAAUUUCUUGUCUAUCCUUAUAUAAACAAGACCCUUUUCUCAUUCUACUCAUUCAACACUUUUCAUAACACUUUACAAAAUGUUACUUCAACAAGCCCAACAAAAGGAGCAAAAGGUAGUAGUCUCAACCAACAAACAAAGAAAGUUCAUGGGAAGAGCAACCGCAAUCAAGGCCACCAAGAACAAGUUUGUUGGGGUUAGACAGAGGCCAUCAGGGAAAUGGGUAGCAGAAAUCAAGGACACAACAAAGAAGAUUAGGAUGUGGCUAGGAACCUUUGAUACAGCUGAAGAGGCUGCUCGAGCCUACGAUGAAGCUGCGUGCCUUCUUCGUGGUUCAAACACUCGAACCAACUUCGCCAAUCGUGUUCCAACCGAUUCUCAGCUCUCUUUGAAGAUCAGAAACCUUCUCAACCGAAAAAAGAGCUUGAAACAAAGCAACCCCACCACAGUUAGUACCAGUGUUGUUAGUGUUGGUUCAAAUACUAUGAGGGAUUGUUUUCAUUUCAAUAAUACAAACCAAAAGUCUAACUCAACAACUACCAAUUAUGCUUCUUCUUCUUCUUCUUCUUCUUCAUCUUUAUCUGGUUUCAUAAACCAGAGUAAUCUGGUGUUUGAUGGUGCAUAUAAACCAGAUAUGAGCAACUGCGUUGUGGAACCUCAUCAGGGUAUGGCUCAUUUCGAUUACACAUGGCCGUUUCCUAUUGGGUUUGAUCAAAUUCCAAUGACAUAUCAAGGAAUGGAGUUGACAAAAGGGGUUGAUUCCUUAUCCACAUCACCAUCAUCAUCAUUAUCAUCACAAUCAUCUUCUUCAUCUAGUACAGCAGCAGCAGAAGCAGAAGUGGAGUUUACUGAAUUUGGAAGAAUGAAGUUAGAAAGGCAAAUAUCAGCUUCAUUGUAUGCAAUGAAUGGAGUGAAUGAGCAUAUUGGCUAUGCAUAUGAUUCCACCACUGAUGCUCAUUGGGAUCUUUCUGCUUUCUAUCAGUUGUUUUGUCCAAGUUAAUUAAUGUCUAAUCUCUCCCUCUCUCUCUCAUGUUAUCUGUUUUUAUCAAUAUUUUUGGAUGAGUGAAGAUACAAAAAUAUCCUUAGCUAUACAUAACCAAUAAGUAAACA